AUGGCUGGACACCGCUCUUGUAGGCAGCUCAACAAAAGCACCAGCCUAGAGUCGAAAAGUAAAGACUAUGAUCAAGAGCAACUGUUAGUAGCAGCAAAGUACGGAGACGAAGAAAUAGUCAAACUACUACUGAGAAAGGAUGAAGCCGACGUCAACUUCAAGGAUAUGAAUGGCCGGACGCCGCUGUUAUGGGCAGCAUUUGGAGGUCAUCUCACUAUAUUCGAGUGUCUGCUUCAAAAGAAGGCUGACGUGAAUGCAACAGCAGCAGGAGACCGUCUUAGUAUCUUCGAGGAAGUGUUUCAAGCGAAGGCUGAUGUUAACAUAGCAGCAGUAAGAUAUAGUGGUGGGAGAACAGCACUGCAGGCAGCCGCAGAACGAGGACAUCUCGCUGUAUUCGAGGGGCUGCUUAAGAGAAGGCUGGUGUUAAUGCAGCAGCAACAGCAGAACGUGGUAGAGCAGCACUGUAGGUAG